AAUAGUUCGUUCAGGACCGAACAGUGAAUACAUCUGCUUUAAAGGAACAUACAUUUCCUAUAUUUUCCACCUGAACACCUUUCAGAUCAGCUCGACAAGCUGCUGGUCCCCAAGCCAAGAUGGCGCCGACCCUGGUGGAGCAUGUUGUCGCGGACGCUGGAGCGUUUUUAAAGCAAGCCCCGCUGCAGGAGUUCGGCCAAAACAUCUACACCCUGCGGGAGGUUCUGGACGAGAUCCGAGACAGAACCACCCGGAGGAGUCUGGCCGUCCUGCCAUACCAGCUGACCUUCAGAGAGCCGAACCCGGAGCACAUCAGAACCGGUACGUACCCGAACUGCUACCCGACCCAAAACACGUCCGAACCGGGUGUUCUAUCAGAUCAUCAUACGCUGUCAUAAAAGCAUACAUGCAGUGAGAACAUGCUUGCGCAUGCGCAUUAAGAAGUCCGACCGUCAGAGGAGUUGUCA